UGAAAAACCAUUUCCUUUCGCCUUACGCCAAGGGUAAGGGGUGUGCAUAGGAGUUCAAAUUAAAUUUGCUGAAUGCUUUCUUAUUUAAAGUACCUACUGUAAUCUGUUCCUGUAACUAUUGUCUUUUAUACGUUUGGAUACGUUCCACUGCAACAACCAACGCUCCUCAUAUCAAAUACAAGAUGCUUCCCACAGUGACUGGACCAGGGGCUCUGGCCUUUGCUGUGCAGUUGAAGGCCUUGACUGACCAGGAGUUCAGGUACCAGCCCAAGCUGAGCGGGCUGAGGAUCAUUGAGACGGCCCAUGAUAACGGCCUGAGGAUGACCGCCCGGCUCAGGGAGUACGAGGUGAAGGACCUCCUGUCUCUGACCAGGUUCUUUGGCUUCAGUGCAGAGACCUUCUCCCUGGCCGUCAACCUGCUGGACCGCUUCCUCGCUGUAAUGAAGAUCCAGCCGAAGCACCUGUCAUGCGUGGGCCUGUCCUGUUUCUACAUCGCUGUGAAGACCACGGAGGAGAAGAAGAAUGUCCCCAUGGCCAACGAGCUGAUCCGGAUCAGCCAGAACCGCUUCACUGUGUCUGACAUGAUGAGGAUGGAGAAGAUCAUUCUGCAGAAACUCUACUGGAAGGUCAAAGCCCCCACAGCCCUCUACUUCCUCAGGCUGUUCUACCGCCGGAUACAGGACACGCUUGAAGAUGACUGCAAGGAGAUCAUGAACGUUGAGAGACUAGAAGCACAGCUGAAAGCCUGCCAUUGCUCUUUCACUUUCUCCAAAGUCAAGCCCUCUCUGCUUGCCCUGUCCUUGUUGGCCUUGGAGCUUCAGGAGCAGCAUGACCAUGAGCACAUAGACAAGCUGCUCAACACCUUCCAGUGUCUACAGCAGCAACUCACUGUCCGAGAAGGAGACCUGGUUAUCGUGACAGAGUUGGCUAUGAAGUGUCUGAUUGAGUAUUCAACCACCAGGGUCUCCAGGCCCAACAGCCAGAGGCUUCGUUGGAUCCUCUCUGGCAGAACGCAACGCACAUUGAAACACAGCUACUACAAGAUUGCCCAUAUGCCCACAAUCCCCGAGUCCGCCUACUGAACCCUGGGGCUGGGUGACCACUGAUACAAAAGUAGGAGUACACCGAUACAAAAGGAGAAGUAGGUUACCACCUCUUCUCCCCUAAAAACCUUUUGUUUUUCAGUUUAAUGGGGGAGAAAAAAAUAUUGCCUAAAAGCCCCCCCCAAAAAACUACAACUUCUUGUACUCUACUGUUGCUACGUGGUCACCUACCUCCAUCACUAACCCAUUUCCCUUACAGUACUGCAUUAUGGAUGAUGCAGUUCUUUAAGGGGAAAACCUGUAACAAAUGUAUUUCCCCCUUUCUCCUGGUUUUUUUGUUCUCAUGGUACUUUUUGAAUAAGCUCACUAUUUAUUAGCCUACAUCUGCUUCAUUGACUAAGUGUGCAUCUGAAAUGGCACCCUAUUCCCUAUAUAGUGCACUACUUUUGAUAAGAGCUGAUUUUGUUCUUUAAAAGGAAUAGGGUGCCAUUGAGAAGGCACACUAAGGGAGUAAUGCCCGGUCAAGAGUGGGUUUAAUCCGCUGCCAUCUAGCGAAGGUUAAAUGCUUGCACGCGUGUAUACAGUAUGUUCUUAUCUGAAUCAGUACCAACAUGAAUACUCUGCAUAGUAUUCUAUCGUGGUUGCUGGUUUUAAGCAAUGAAGUAUAGAACCACCUAGGUCCUCAGUCCACUAUGUGGAAGAGGAGGGAGAAGGGUUUUGUGAAAAUGCAAAAACAAUGGAACCAAGAAAUCGGACCCAAAACCCUUAACUUCCACCCUAGGUUGAUGAACUGGCCUAAAAAUGCACACUCCUCUACCCAAGGUGAACAUUUCCUUUUUUACUAUUGAAAUAUUGAUAUGGUUUAUUUGUUGUACUUGUGGAGGACGUUUGAGGUUUUUAGCUUGCAGGUUAGCAUGCUGAAACUGGCUGUGGAUGACAUGGUAUCCUACUAGGGUGCCAUUUUGGACACGACCACUAUCUUCUAAUGUAAUGUUAACUAUUACUAACAACGAUCACGAUUACAUAAUGCGAUGUUGAAUUACCUUGAUUUGUGGCAAAAUCUUAGCCUUUAGAAAACAACCAUUCGAAAAAUGCACUCUUAAGUCACUUAGGUAAGCACAGUCGAUAUAGGAAAUUAAGUUAGUUUGUGAUUUGCAUUUGCUAGACUAUUUGCAUUUGACCAUAGGCCCCACAAUUGAUCUGAAAUGAAGUUCGUUAAAGAAUUUGAAGUUGAUGUUCUAGAAUUUGAGAACUUUUCCAUAAAAUUGGAUUUACACCACCUGUUCAACCCAUGUGUUUACACCUUUCAAUAAAACGAUAUUGAAAAGCUG